AUGCAGACCGGCGACCACAUUCCGGUGGACGACACCAGAGAUGACGAUUCGUAUGGUGACAGUGAUGUGGACUCCGCCACCACGUCGCUCAAGUCGUCCAUCAUGAACUAUCAUUACGAAAAUGGUAGAAGAUACAGCGUCUACAAGCAAGGCCAGUACUGGGGUCCCAACGACGAGCAACAAGCCGACCAGCUCGACAUCUGCCAUCACAUCUGCAAUCUGACCAUGGACGGCCGUCUCUUCCUCGCGCCCCUCGAUGACCUCGACAGCAAAGAACCGCGAAAACGCGUCUUGGACGUCGGCGCUGGUACCGGCCUCUGGGCCGUGGACUUUGCCGAUCAGCACCCCUCCACCGACGUCGUCGGUACCGACCUAUCGCCCAUCCAGCCGCACAGUGUGCCGCCGAACCUCCACUUCGAGAUCGACGACUGCACCCAGCCCUGGACCUUCGCCCCAGAGAGCUUCGAUUUCAUCCACAUCCGCUCUCUGUACGGCAGUAUUGCUGAUUGGCCUUCUUUUUACAUGGAAUGCUUAAAAGCCCUUAAGCCCGGAGGCUGGAUCGAGCAGGUUGAGAUGGGAGUGGUGCCCAAGUCUGAUGACGGCAGCGUCGCGCCCGACAGCAUCUUCGCCAAGUGGGGCGAGGUCUCGCUGGCCGCGGGCGAUGCCUUCGGAAAGAGCCUGCGCACGGUUGAUGAGUCUAAACAGGGCCUGCUGGAUGCGGGCUUUGUCGACGUGACAGAGCAGAGGUUCAAGUGGCCCAUUGGAGGGUGGAGCAAGGACGAGAAGUUGAAGGAGAUUGGGGUGUAUAAUCGACUGCACUGGGAGCAUGGUAUAGAGGGAUGGUGCAUGUUUUUACUGACGAAUUACCUGGCCUGGACCAAGGAUGAGGUCAUGGUGUACUUGGGUAAAAUGAGGACGAUGCUUAGGGACAAAAAGGUGCAUGCGUACCAAGACAUGUCCGUGGUAUAUGGCCGCAAGCCGCUGAAGGCGAAUUCGUGA